AUGCACAACAAUGCGAUUGUUCAAGGUUUCUUACCUCAGGAUAUUUCUCCAGCUCAAGGUAGAUUAUUUAUCUCCGUUACAAAGAGAGAGGAAAGAACAAAUAGGCUUAUUUCACAGUUCUCGAGCAGAGAUGAUUUACUAAAAUGCUUAAUGGCCAGUUGUUUCAUUCCACUGUACUCUAUGGGCUACGGUACUGAGCCACCUAUAAUCGAUGGUCAAGCUUGUAUAGAUGGAGGCUACACUAAUAAUCUACCCGAUUUCGAUGACAUACGUACAAUCACUGUGUCGCCAUUCUCCGGCAAUGCUGAGAUUUCACCAGCUGAUGCACGAAAUUUCUUCGACUGGAAGAUGACAGUUUGUAAUCAGACGAUGAAUGUGAACCUAAAAAAUAUUGUCAGAGGAGCUCAGGCGUUGUUCCCACCAUCACGUACUGUCUUGCAGAAUUACUAUGAUAUGGGAUACAAGGAUACGCUAAAGUUUCUCAUAAAACACGAUAUUGUUCAAAGACCGACAGGAACAGAAGUCUAG